CCGCAGGAGGGGCGGUGGAGGAGGAGGAGGAGGAGGAGGGAGAAGAUGGCGGACGAUCCCAGCGCUGCCGACAGGAACGUGGAAAUCUGGAAGAUCAAGAAGCUCAUCAAGAGCCUCGAGGCGGCACGCGGCAAUGGCACCAGCAUGAUAUCAUUGAUCAUUCCCCCCAAAGACCAGAUUUCACGAGUAGCAAAGAUGUUAGCGGAUGAGUUUGGUACAGCAUCAAACAUUAAAUCUCGAGUGAAUCGCCUUUCAGUCCUCGGCGCCAUUACAUCUGUACAGCAACGGCUAAAACUUUAUAACAAAGUACCUCCAAAUGGUCUUGUUGUAUACUGUGGAACAAUUGUGACAGAAGAAGGAAAGGAGAAGAAAGUGAACAUUGAUUUUGAACCUUUCAAACCAAUAAAUACAUCGUUGUAUUUGUGCGAUAAUAAAUUCCAUACAGAGGCCCUUACAGCACUACUGUCAGACGACAGCAAGUUUGGUUUUAUUGUAAUAGAUGGUAGUGGUGCACUCUUCGGAACUCUUCAAGGAAACACCAGAGAGGUGCUGCACAAGUUCACAGUCGAUCUCCCAAAGAAGCAUGGAAGAGGAGGUCAGUCUGCCUUGCGUUUUGCUCGUUUGAGAAUGGAGAAGCGGCACAACUAUGUCAGGAAAGUAGCAGAAACGGCUGUACAGCUGUUCAUUUCUGGCGACAAGGUGAACGUGGCUGGUCUCGUUUUAGCUGGGUCAGCUGACUUCAAAACUGAACUAAGUCAGUCAGACAUGUUUGAUCAGCGAUUGCAGUCCAAAGUACUAAAGCUAGUUGACAUCUCAUAUGGUGGUGAAAAUGGAUUCAAUCAAGCAAUUGAAUUAUCCACUGAGGUCCUAUCUAAUGUGAAAUUCAUUCAAGAAAAGAAACUAAUAGGCCGAUACUUUGAUGAGAUCAGUCAGGACACAGGAAAAUACUGUUUUGGUGUUGAAGACACUCUAAAAGCCUUAGAAAUGGGAGCAGUAGAGAUCCUGAUAGUUUAUGAGAACCUGGAUAUAAUGAGAUAUGUUCUCCAUUGCCAAGGCACAGAAGAGGACAAGAUUCUCUAUCUGACACCAGAACAAGAAAAAGAUAAAUCUCACUUCACAGAUAAAGAGACUGGACAGGAACACGAGCUGAUAGAAAGCAUGCCUCUGCUUGAGUGGUUUGCUAACAACUACAAGAAGUUUGGAGCCACGUUGGAGAUCGUGACAGAUAAGUCACAGGAAGGAUCCCAGUUUGUGAAAGGAUUUGGAGGAAUUGGAGGUAUCUUGCGGUACCGAGUGGACUUCCAGGGAAUGGAAUACCAAGGAGGAGACGACGAAUUUUUUGACCUUGAUGACUACUAGGUAGUCGACCUGGGUCUGGCAAAACGUGCCUCACCCCUCCAGCAUCCAACCCAAGGAGAAAGCUUGCGAUGGAAUACAAAACAGAUCCCUGCCUUAGAAUUGGAGUUUUUCCAGAACUUUAUCCAGAACACCGGGUUUAAAAGAAGAAGAAAGAAGCAAACCCUACUGAUUUGUCAUAGUGUCAGUACAGCAGCAAUCUACUAAGUUUCUAUAAUGCCAUUUUGGACUAAUUUAAAAAAAAAUCCCAGUUUUUACUUUUACUUAAUGGUGAAAUUGGUUGCUCUUGUAUUUUAUGAAAAUGAUUUUUUUAACCUUCAUGCUACAUUAACUGCUGUAAAACCUUCAUUUGAAAAAUUAAUAGAUUAUACUGGUUUGUUUCUUAAAUUGAUUGGAGGCAAUUAAGUCGCUGCGUUUUGCAGUGAGACGACCCAUUUACAUGGCGUUCUUGGCUUAGACUGCGGAAGAAGACCCUUAGGAGGUGCACCCAUUGCUCUUGGUCUACAGUGGUGGAAGUAAAAGAAAUUGAACCCUUAUGGCAUGCCAGCUUUUAAAGGUGUGAUGUGUAAAUUCAGACUCCACCUGGGAGCUCCACCCAUUUUAAUCUUAGACUGCAAAAGCACUGCUUGUAUCAAUCAAGAAGUAUGUUUCAUUUGUGGCAAUCGAAAUGCCAGGGUCUCAGCAGGCUUGAUUGGGAUUAUGAGUUCGUGUGGCCUUCACUCUUCCCUCUUGUCGGUCAAUAAACAGUUUCCACAAGCAAGCUAACGCUUCUUAUGCUUGGUUCUAUUCUUUACUAGGGUUUGGGAGGUGUGUUUUUUUAGUUCUGCUUUGGGACUGCAUAAGCUGCCUUGGUGUGAGUUAACAUCAAAAUUUCACAAACUGCUUUAAAUGCAAGUAGCUAGCAAAAUGUGACUGAUGUCAACCUUGGCACUGGGGGCUGUGAAGCAUCUGUAGAAAUUAGCAAGUUCUCUUUUUUUUAGAAGCUUGGCGCCAAAGGUUCACUUUAAACACUGUGGGAUCGCUCACGCAAGGCAGUUAGCUCACUUUCCUGAAUCCCCCUGGGACUGUCUGGUUUUCUAAAGGAUACUCUGAUAUUUUAGUGCCUAGCUGUGUUCACAUUUUCCUCUUGUCAUUCAUGUAUUGGUAAAACUCCCCUGCUGGCAAACUUUGCAUAUCGUUCCAAUAAUCCUGUCUCACUUGAACUGGAGGGAGGGUUUGUCUUAACGCAAACCUCCUCACAGUGUAUUCUUAAAAAGAGGUCCAAAAUGACUUUCUGUCAAUGUGAGCAAUAGAAAUUUGUAUCUUUUUAUAACUCCGCAAGCAGGCAGUGUGUGUGAUUGUCCACAAGAAGUGUUCACGUAGGGUGAAGUCUCUUCCAGAAGCAGUACACUUUGAUUUUGCCAUUGUAAAUGGGUCUGCUGUGACAUGACAAGAGCAGAAAAAUUGGGUGUAAAUUUACAAUUUUGAAUAUACUGCUUGUUUCACAUUUAGGGUAUGCAGCUCCUUUUUUGUAGUUUUAUUUUUACUAUUUAAGUUUGGAAAUGAUGCCAAAUUUUUGUAUCUCUUUAAUCAAUGUGUUAUAUCUGGUGAUAUAUAUUGCAUUAUAUAUUGAUGUGUAUAUCAAUAUAUACCGAUAUGUAUUACACUUACACAAACACAUUAAAAGGGUGAGAAUCCUAGCCUUUUGCAUACUACAUAGCCUCUUCAGAGAGCUCCCAAGCAGUGAUAUCUUGGUGUUGUGAUGUACAGAAAUGGAGAAGAGUAUUAAACCAUAUUUAAGAAUA